AUGAUUGUUGUCAAAGUAGUGCCGUCAACCACAACAGUUGUGUUUGGUGGUGUGAGAAUACCUGAUGCUGCAGAACCAGACAACUCUGACGUUACCGUCGUGUUAUUGGUAGGGGUCGUCUCUGAUGCGAACACUCCAGUAGCAGGCGAGGAAGGAGAAGAGAAAGGUGGCGACCAGACUGUCGCUGUGGAGUUACCGGAUGGCGGAGGCCAAAGAGUAGAGAUUGAAGCUGAACUGUCUAGGCUCUGGUUUGUUGUCGUUGUGCUAUCUCGAUUCGCACUGGUCCUGGGCUCGGGACUUGGACUCGAUAUAAGCCCCGAAGAAAUGGUUGUUGUUGCCGAAGAGCUUUCAAUUGACGAUUCGCUUUCGAAGGGAAGUUGA